ACGCGGUGACACAACCGGAAGUGAGUCCCUGGUCGGCGCCACGUCUGAGGGAAUCCCCGCGCGGCGGCGGCGGCGGUUUGAGCGGAACAGACACCACCAACACCACCAUCAGCGACAACAACACCGAGCGGCGGAGUCAUGGUGUCUGUAAUUAACACAGUGGAUACAUCCCACGAGGAUAUGAUCCACGAUGCCCAGAUGGAUUACUACGGCACCCGCCUUGCGACAUGCUCCUCAGAUCGAUCUGUGAAAAUAUUUGAUGUAAAAAAUGGAGGCCAGAUACUGGUGGCUGACCUGAGGGGUCAUGAAGGUCCUGUGUGGCAGGUGGGCUGGGCUCAUCCUAUGUACGGUAACAUGGUUGCCUCCUGUUCCUACGACCGCAAGGUCAUCAUUUGGAAGGAAGAAAAUGGAACUUGGGACAAGAUGUACGAAUAUACAGGCCAUGAUUCUUCAGUGAACUCUCUGUGCUGGGCACCCCAUGAGUUUGGACUGAUCCUUACAUGUGGUAGCUCAGACGGUGCAAUCUCGCUGCUGACACACACAGGUGAUGGUCAGUGGGAAGUGAAGAAGAUCAGUAAUGCACACACAAUUGGUUGCAAUGCUGUUAGCUGGGCCCCUGCAGUUCUACCAGGGAGCCUUGUGGAUCAGCCUUCGGGCCAGAAACCAAACUACAUCAAGCGAUUUGUGUCGGGGGGCUGUGAUAAUCUUGUGAAACUCUGGAAAGAGGAAGAUGGACAGUGGAAGGAGGAUCAAAAGCUUGAAGCUCACAGCGAUUGGGUCAGAGAUGUUGCCUGGGCCCCAUCGAUCGGGCUUCCCACAAGCACCAUUGCCAGCUGCUCCCAGGAUGGCAGAGUUUUUAUCUGGACUUGUGAUGAUCCUGCCGGAAACGCGUGGACGCACAAAUUGUUGCACAAGUUCAGUGAUGUGGUGUGGCACGUUAGCUGGUCCAUCACCGGGAAUAUUCUAGCUGUCUCAGGAGGGGACAAUAAGGUCAGUUUGUGGAAGGAGAAUGUGGAUGGCCAAUGGGUCUGCAUCAGUGAUGUCAACAAAGGCCAAGGAGCUGUGUCUGGCAUAACAGAGGGCCAACAGAAUGAGCAGUGAGGAGGGAGGAAUUCCGCAGUAAUGCUACUCCGAAUUCCACGCUUGACAAACGAUAUGGAUUCCAAGAAAACCAGGAACAAAAGAAAUGAGUUAUUUAGUGUCCCGGAGUCUUGUGCUGUUCGCAACAUCAUCUCAACAGAGGGAAACUAUCACUGUGAACUCUGUUGGCACUCAAAUGAAAGUGUCUUGGCCGUUCAGCUGUGUUCAGAAUGUCAUGUAGAUAUUUGCCGGCUCUGGAGAGAGGAGAGAGUAUACUCUGGUUCAGCUGGUUGCGUUUAUACCGUGAAGUGUUUAAAGGAGUCAUGUCUAGACAUUUGCCCAAGGCUGUUUAUUUGUUAAUGUUUGUCCCACAGAAUAUACAGUCACUACAUUUUACAGUAUAUUCUACGAAGCGCUCUGAGACAUCCCGAAGAGGUGAUAAGGCGCUAUAUCAAAUGCAAAGAUUAUUAUAAUGAGUUGAGACAUCUGUAAAAGGUAGCUAACGUUAAUUUACAAACAGCACUACAUUCUAUAUCAAAAGGAAUAUUAACACACUCCCAACAGUUCGUAUUCCUUUUGAUAGUCUCCUUUGCUUGUCCUUCGAGCCCUAGAUGAAGUCUUGCUCUCUCAAAUAAGAGAACAAUAGUCAAGUACAUUUAUUUCCGAGCCUUACGGCCAGUUUAAACAGAGAACCUCUUCACAAAUGCUGAAGCACAAAAUAUCCUUACCUCGUUGAACAAACAUUUAACUGUAUUGAAAUGAUUUUAUUGCAUAUCCUAAGUUGCUUCUUGACUCGUUAAAUACCUCUAAACGUUUUUUUAAAAAAAAACUAACUUCGGAGUUAUUGUAGUUAACUGGAAGGGGAUUGUAAUUGAGUUUUCUGCUUCCGUGCAUUUUAGGGACAGAUAACUUUUGAAUUCAAUUGGACAGUGAAUAAAUUCUAUUACUAACCAGACAGUAUCUACGUAUCCCAGCUGAACCUAUAACACUUCUUUGAAAUUUCUUCCCAAAAAAAAUAAUAAUAAUUGGGUCACUCAAUCCACGGCUGUUUGUGGGGAAGCUGCUGUGCGCCAUUGGCUGCCGCAUUUCGCCCACAAAAUACACAGUCACUACACUUUACAGUAUAUUCUGUGAAGCGCUUUGAGGUGUCUCGAAGACGUGAUGAGACGCCGUAUCAAAUGCAACGAUUAUUAUUAUGUAAAAUAAGUCUCUGAGACUAUAUUCUGGAGUCGACAGACCUCUACAGAUCAGUCUGAACAUGAUGCUGAAAUCUCUACGCGUACAGUAAAUCAAACCUCCAGCUGAAAAGCAGUGCUCUUUAAUUUCAUCAUGACUUUGGGAGGAAGGAAAAUCCAAACCGAAUUUGACAUUAGUUGUAUUGCCCUUGAUUUGAACCGAAUUUUUAAAAGAAAUUAAGGCACCAGAAAUAAAUAAUCUACAAGUUGCCAUCUUGUUAUAAGGAUUUUGGUUCUCCCUUCCUCUUCCGUUCAGUUCUUAUAAACCUCAAACUCAUUGGUUUGUAUUAAAUUGUUUAAUAAACUGCUUGUACCACGUCUUUUACUUUUAUGUGUCCUUUUAAAAAUAAAUAAAAUAAAAAAUCUUUAGAAUGUA